AUGUCAGCUUCCAACAUCAGUGAUGACAGUCUCCCUGCCACUCUCUUCCUGAUGGGAAUCCCAGGACUGGAGUGGGCCCACAUCUGGAUUUCUGUCCCCUUUUGUGCCAUGUAUCUAGUAGCACUGGCUGGGAAUGCUGCCCUCAUCCUGGUCAUCUCCAUGGACAAUGCACUGCAUGCACCCAUGUAUCUCUUCCUUUGCCUUCUCUCACUCACCGACCUAGCUCUCAGCUCAACCACUGUGCCCAAAAUGCUGGCCAUUUUGUGGCUCCAUGCUGGUGAGAUUUCCUUUGGUGGAUGUCUAGCGCAGAUGUUUUGUGUCCAUUCUAUCUAUGCUCUGGAGUCAUCGGUUCUCCUCGCCAUGGCCUUUGAUCGAUAUGUGGCUAUCUGCAACCCAUUGAGAUACACAGUCAUCCUCAACCAUACCGUCAUAAGCAGAAUUGGCCUUGCUGGAUUACUCCGUAGUGUGGCCAUUGUCUCCCCUUUCAUCUUCCUGUUGAGGCGACUGCCCUACUGUCAGCACCACAUCAUGGCACAUACUUACUGCGAGCAUAUGGGCAUUGCUCGACUGGCCUGUGCCACCAUCACUGUCAAUAUCAUCUAUGGGCUAACUGUGGCCCUGCUGGCCAUGGGUCUGGAUUCUAUUCUCAUUACUAUUUCCUAUGGCUUUAUCCUCCGUGCUGUCUUUCGUCUUCCAUCCCGUGAUGCCCAGCACAAGGCUCUGAGUACCUGUGGCUCCCAUCUUGGGGUCAUCCUGGUCUUUUACAUUCCUGCCUUCUUCUCCUUUCUCACCCACCGUUUUGGCCAACACCGAGUCCCCAAGCAUGUGCACAUCUUUCUGGCUAACCUCUGUGUGCUGGUGCCUCCUGUGCUCAACCCAAUCAUCUACGGGGCUAGGACUGAGGAGAUUCGAAAUCGACUUCUAAGACUGCUUCACUUGAGGUAA